AUGAGCGCAUUCAGCCAAGCGGUCAUCCAAGCCAUGAGACCACCUCACGUCAAAGAAGGCCGUCUACAUUCGGGCCGGUCGACUUUUCCCACGGACAAGGACAGAAUCUAUCUUAUUCUCGCCACCAGCUACCUCCAAUUUCGCAAGUCGGAUUGGACGCAGCAGGCUUGCGGCAUCAUCUGUUUACCGAAAACAAUAGGAGCAGCUCUGAGACUCCGCUAG